AUUAGUUCAUAGGUCUAUAACGAACUAGUUCACAUAAGUGAACGAUUAUAAUAUAGUUCCAUCUCUAAUUAAAAACGGCUUAGACGCUUUGUAAGUAGAACAUUCAAAGUGGAUCUUUGGAUUUCAGUUACAUUAUUAUAUACCUACAUUAAAUUUAAUUAUUUAUUAAUAUGUGUAGAUCCAAUAAAAAUAAAAUUGGACCAAUGAGAAACGGCGGAAUAUUGACGCCACAGCACAGCUACGUGACCGGGUAGACGGCGCCGCCAGGGUGGCAGAGGGUUAAAAAACUGACUCAUGCUUGCUCACCAACCUAUUCAAUUUAUGGUGGGAACUGAUAAUAUAAUAUGACGUGCCAAUGCUAUACGUUUUAAAUUUUUACUGAUAGCCAUCACUUUGUCCGUAUUACCACAGCACAGUCGUCUCCGUGUUUUUUUUUUAUGAUGUUUGUAUACCUACCAGGUACAACCGUCCUUAACUAAAGUCCAGUCAAAUAUUGUGAAUAUCGCCUGAUAAUAAUUGUUGUUAUCGUUCUUGCAAUAUAAAUCAUAAAUAGAGUUGACAAACAAGCUAUACUGAAACAAUAAUAUAUAAUAUUAAUAUGGGAUUAAAAUGUUGUGUGGAUUCGUGUCAGAUAGAAGCUAAUUCUUGGAAUAUUCAAUUAUACUCAUUUCCAUUUAAUUCCUCCCUUUACAAUAAAUGGGUAGCUGCGAUAAAAAAAUAUGAUCAAAUUGAAUAUUGUAGAAAUCUUCGCAUAUGUUCGAGGCAUUUCAAACUACAAGAUCGAGAGAAAAGUUUAUUUGGCUAUUCUAAACUGAAAUUAGGAGCUAUUCCUUCAGUAUUUGUCCAUGGUAAACGGUCAAUAUUUAAAGAUGUUGAAAACAUUAAGAACUACCGACUAUCAGCUGAAGAAAUAAUUUCCAAAAAAACACUCGAACUAUUAGUGCAUCAUGGUGUUUUCACUGAUGAAGAUCUUGAAGCACGCCUCGAAAGAGAAAAGUAUUGGAAUACAUAUCUACAUGGUUACUAUGAAAAUGAAAAGCGGCUUUUUGAACAACAUUUGAAUUAUUUCAAAAGAUUAUAUGAGGAUUCUCAAAAUAGUAUCAUUCCAGAUCUAUUUUCAAUUCAAUUAAAACUACUAAAAUUAAAGUAAAUGAUGAAAUGAUUAAAUUAUUUAAGUAAUAUAAUUACAUACAUUUGGUACUAUUAGGUAACAAUAACUAUCAUACAGUAAUAUUAAUUAUUAGGUAUUGUUAUAUUUAUUGAUAUUAUAUUUCAUCUUAUCAACUUCAUUAAACAUUUAUUUUAUUAUUCUUUGAUUUUAUCUGUAUAUCAUACAACUUAAGAACAGAUGGAAUAAAUGACAA